AUGGCGGCAAGGGACCGCUUCGGUACCUAUGCUGAGCCCGCAAGGUCAACUUUACAACGUUAUAUCCACAAUGCUUGUGAUCCUCAGAAUUUCGAACCCAACCUUGCUCUCAAUCUGGAGGUCGUGGAUCUCAUAAACUCAAAGAAGGGCAAUGCGCCUCGCGAAGCCUGUUUUACGAUAGUGCAACUCAUAAAUUCCCGGAAUGCCAACGUUGCGCUACUAGCUUUGGCCUUGCUUGAUAUUUGUGUGAAAAACUGCGGAUAUCCAUUUCACCUCCAAAUCAGCACAAAAGAGUUCCUUAAUGAGCUCGUGCGAAGAUUUCCGGAACGACCGCCAAUACGACCAUCCCGGGUCCAACAAAGAAUCCUCGAGUGUAUUGAAGAAUGGCGACAAACGAUUUGUCAGACCUCGCGGCACAAGGAGGACCUGGGCUAUAUCAGAGACAUGCAUCGGUUGCUUCUUUACAAAGGAUACAUGUUCCCAGAGGUCCGUCGUGAAGACGCAGCCGUUCUCAACCCUAGCGAUAACCUACAAUCUGCGGAAGAAAUGGAAGAAGAGGAAAAAGAGGCGCAGUCCGCAAAACUUCAAGAAUUGAUACGCAGAGGGGGGCCUGAAGACUUACGGGAGGCAAACCGCCUUAUGAAAAUCAUGGCUGGCUACGAUACGAAGCAUAAAACCGAUUACAGAGCGAAAGCUGCGGAGGAAGUGGCAAAGGUGCAGCAGAAAGCCAAAAUUCUCGAAGAAAUGCUUCAAAACCACAAACAAGGCGAGAAGAUUGCUGAAGGAGACGUUUUCGAGGACCUUGCAAAUGCACUGCGAAGUGCGCAUCCGAAAAUACAAAAGAUGUGUGAGGAGGAAUCAGAGGAUGCUGAAGCAGUCGCUAAGCUUCUGGAAAUCAACGAUAGUAUUCAUCGCACGAUCGAGCGCUAUAAGUUGGUCAAGGCAGGAGACGUUGAAGGUGCAUCAAAGAUACCGAAAGGAACCCUUGGUACAAGCACGGGGGUGAAAAAGACCGCUCAAAAUGAGCUAUCACUUAUUGACUUUGACGAGCCGACUUCAAACGGAAAUGCUGAUACCGCACAAAGCGCGUCUUCUCUUGAGAACGAUCUUCUUGGCCUUUCUUUCCAAGAUUCCUCUCAGCCAAGUGGCUCGAUAUCGUUACCCUUGGGCCAUGCUACCAGUGUCUCAAACCAAACUGCCCUAUCAUCCAUCGGCAUGUCUUCCGGGCUGUCAUCCACGCCUCAACCCCAGCUCGCUGUUCCAAGCAAUACACCUGCGAAAUCCACCGCCACGCCUCAAAAUGACCCGUUUGCAUCUAUAGUAUCGGCGAGUUCCCGGACUUCGUCCCCGUUUCAUCAACUCCAGAGCCACCAAAUGCCCUCACCGUCACCGUCGUCUUUGUUGGAUCUCGACCAGUCGUCAUCCCCUCCGACUACGCGGGCGCCAGCAAUCAAAACAUCCGGCGACGAUGAAUGGACUUUCGCAUCCGCUUUGCCAGAAGACUCCCUCCCAACUUCCAGCCAAAUACAGGUCGUGAACUCCGCAAUAAAAGUUGAGUUUAUCUCACAGAGGGUUCCCGGCGAGAAAAGAAUCCAGGUCAUUGCGCAGUUUUCAAAUAAUACGACGCAAACGAUUUCUGAACUUCAUUUCCAAGUCGCAAUUGAGAAGGCCUAUAAGCUACAACUGUUCCCACAAUCUGGCCGACAAAUUGGCCCAUUACAGCAGAAUGGAGUAUGUCAAGAAUUGCAAUUACAUGGGAUUGAGCAAGGUAACGGCAAUUCAGUCAGGCUCCGAUACAGGAUUUCCUACAAGUUGGGCCGGGAGAGCAAACAAGAAGAUGGCCAUGUUCCUCCCUUGGGAAUCGUAUGA